AAGUAGAGGAUUGCCUCGGAACUUUUAACUAGGUCCUCUGUUUCUACACGUUUCCCAAAACAAGAAGCGCCACAGGAAAAAAGAAACUGCUGUUCAUAAACGACAGAACAAACUUCACGGUAACGUGAAACAGUUGGGUUUUUAUCGGACAUUUUCUCACCGCAGAGCGGCUUGAGCCUCACACUCCACCCGGCGGACAUGGAGGUAGUUAUUCUCCAGCCCACGGUUGGUGAGCAGCAGCAGCUGCAGAGGACAGGGCUAAAAGACACGUCUCCUGUGGCUGUCUGUCAUCCCGGGGACCACGACUACUGCUCCAGCACCGAGCCCGCGGCUCUGGACCUGGCUCUGGACCAGAUUGACCACCUGCGCGGAGAAACGGCGACUUUACGCAAACGGGUGGAGGAGAUUUCUGUGAGCAGCAGGUUCGGACUGCAGCGGUUUGCUGCGUCAGAUGACGACAUUUGGUUUUACACACGGUUUUUGAGUUACAACCACCUGAUGGCGUUUUGGAGGCACAUAGAGCCGGAAACAAGCCACAUAGUGUACGUGACAAGUGCUCGGAGCAACGGUCAGACUUACGAGGUCCCGUACACUGCUGGUGCAACAUCUCUUCAACCAAUUGAUGAGUUUUUCCUCUUCAUGAACUACAUGUCAUUGGGUCUGAUGCUGAAGGACUUGUCCCACAGGUUUAAAAUCCACCCGUCAACUGUGAGCCGCAUCAUCAACACCUGGGCCAACUUUCUGUUCCACGUUCUCGGGGCUAUGGGCAUUUGGCUCUCGAAAAAGUCGGUGAAAGCUCUCCUGCCUGACGUCUUUUACAGCUACUCUGACACACAGGUGGUACUUGACUGUGUCCAGCUGCGCUGCCAGACACCAGACGCUCCUCUCCUGCAGAGGGAGAUGUUCUCCAACUACAAAUCCCACUAUACCUUGAAAGGCCUGAUCGGCAUGGCGCCGCAUGGAGCCGUGACCUUUGUGUCGUCUCUUCACGACGUCUCCACCAGUGACAAUGAGCUGCUGCGGAAGUCCGGCCUCGCGUCCCUCCUCAAACCGUCAGCCGCCAUCAUGAUGAACAAAGAUUUUCAGGUGGACGACUGUAUCUCCUGUAAGGUCUACAUGGUGACCAGCCCGUCCAGACAGUCCGAACCAGAGUUCAAGGAGAGGCCAUCUCACGCACGACUGAGAGUGCAUGUUGAGCGGCUCGUACAGAGGGUGAAGGAGCAUCAGAUAUUUAGCACGGUGAUCCCUGCGUCACUGGCAGGCAGUGUCAAUCAGCUGUACACAGUGGCCUGUCUCUUGGUCAACUACCAACAUGGACCUUUAGUCAAACUCGAGGAACUAAAACACUAAGAUAUGGGGUUUUUUUGUGAGUUCCUCAAGAUUAAAGUAGACCUCAUCAUCAGUUGGCAUUCAAAGUCACAGCUUUCCAGUUGCCAGUUAAGUGGAAAUUUAAGGGAAACUAAACUGACAGCAAUCAUGACCCUAACAUAAAUAAAUAGAUAAAAUAUGCUCAGGCUUUACAUUUUAUUCUAUUGCAGUUUCACACCAAUCACACGCACUUUUAAUGAGUGCGUCCCUUAAAUUUCCUCUUAACUGCCCACUGGGAAGCUGCACAUCUGGAUGUCAACAUCAGCCUCCUGAUUAAUCUACAAGUCUGUGAUUUCCCAUAGCAGUGAUUCACCUCUGCUGUCCUCAGGAUCUUUGGUGAUUUGGCAACAUGUUCUCCUGAUAGCGACAUCUAUCCACCAUCUUCAUUUUCUAUGAAAACAGCCAGUGAAUAGACGAGUUGCUUGCUAAAUUGCCUGGUAUAAACUGUCUGUCAAUGUGAACUUGGUGUUGUUUUAUGUUUUGAAUGUUGUGUGACUUGAGCUCUAAAGAGUGUUUAAUGUGGAAGUGAAUAUUGUCAGGGAGUUUGUGACUGUUUACUUGUUUUUAUACCUUUAAUAUAGUGUAUGAUGAAUAAUAUGUUGACCCAGGGUUAGGUAAUGUUUUAGAUGACAUUGUUUUAUAUAUGAUUGUAUGAGGAGAGGCCAUCUUGUCCCAGGCAUCAGUAUAAGAAAGCAUGAUGUUUGAGACAGUGUCCUCUCUUAAAGACAGAUUAACACAGAUGCUGUCCCAGAAAAGAAAGGAAUCAACUCUGUCAACAGACCAGUGUUGUGAUAAACUCUAAAGUUGUAAUGUG